AGUGAAAAUGAAAGGGGAACGGUAUCAAGUGACAGAGAUCAUGGAUCUUACCAUGGAGAUCAUCUGCCUGCUGACUGGAGAGGAUUACAUUAUUGAGAAAAAGCCUUGUGACCAAGUCAUGCAGAAAGACGGUUCCCAUGUAACAGGAAGAUGCUACAGGGCUCUAAGCCCCAGCACAUUGCCUCCACGCCACCCAUUGAUUCAGGCAAGGAACCAUGACAAGAAGGUCCUCGAACUGACCAAUAAGAUCAUCCACCUACUGACUGGAGAGGUGUGGCAGUAUUUAGAAGGCUCUAAGGAUCUCAUGACCACAGAGACUCAGCAGUCACUAAACUCAAUGGCAGCUGAAUCGGCGAGAAUGUAUGGAUCUGAAGGAUCUAAAACAUCUGCUUCACCAGUGGAUUAUUUACAUAAAAACAACAGUUUUAUUACAAGUGAUCUGGGUGCAGAUUGCUCUGACUCAUGCUCUGCGAUGACGCAGACAACAAACUUUAUUGUAAAAGAUAUUGAGAAGUCGGCAUUAUCUGAAGAAGGAAAUUUGGUGGACUCCAGUUUUUCUAGACUCACGGACCAUACUCGGACAGAGUUUCCAUCUACCUAUAUUAAGACGGAAUCAGUGUCAGGAGGAAAAGGAGAUCUCACAGACAUUAAUAAACAGACUGAAGAUACAUUUAAUUAUAUUAAGGAGGAAUCUGCCUCAUGUGGACAAAUAAACCUCACAGACACUGACAUUUAUACACAAACAGAACAUCAAGAGACUGAAGAUACAUUUAAUUAUAUUAAGGAGGAAUCUGCCUCAUGUGGACAAAUAAACCUCACAGACACUGACAUUUAUACACAAACAGAACAUCAACAGACUGAAGAUACAUUUAAUUAUAUUAAGGAGGAAUCUGCCUCAUGUGGACAAGUAAACCUCACAGACACUGACAUUUAUACACAAACAGAACAUCAAGAGACUGAAGAUACAGUUACUCAUAUUAAGGAGGAAUCUAGCUCGGUUAGUCAAAGUAAUCUAACAGACACUUACAUUUAUACACCAACAGAACAUCAACAGAGUGAAGAUGAAGUUACUCAUGUUGAGAAGGAAUCUGAUUCCUGUGGACAACGACAUCGCACAAAAAUAGACAUUUAUACACCAGCAGUCGUUGGGCAAACAGAAUAUCUAUCUACUCAUAUUAGGGAGCAAUCCUCCUCAUUUGUCAGCGGAAAUGUCAAUCAAUCUGACAUUUAUACACCCGCAGAAUGUACACAGACCGAAUGUUGGUUUCCUACUCAAGAAGUCAUCACUGAGGCUACUGUAAAGGAAAGAAACAACGUUAUCGCUGAAUUUACUGAUUGUGAUGUAAACCUCAACAAUAAAUCAAUUUACACUACUCAGACUAAGACAUACAUCACAGACAGCAUUCACACAAGAGACAAUCUCUUCUCAUGCACGGUGUGCCCUAGAUUCUUCACCCACAAAGCAGACCUAGAUAAACACAUGAGAACUCACACUGGUGAAAAGCUUUUUUUUUGUUCACAAUGUGGGAAAUCUUUUUACCGUAGAUCGCAUCUCAUUAUACAUCGUAGAAUCCACAGCCCUGCAAAGCCAUUUCCUCGCGGAGAAUGUGGGAAAUAUUUUAAUAACAAAGAAGAUCAUGCUGGACAACAACAAACACGAGAUAAACCAUUUUCAUGCUCUGAAUGUGGGAAACGUUUUGCUCAUGAAUCAAAUCUUAAUAAUCACCUGGAAAAACAUGCAGCACUUAAACCAUUCCUUUGCAUUGAGGGCAAUAGCCAUUUAACGUGGAAAUCAAAUCUCAUUACACAGAAAUUUCACACAGGAGAUAAACCGUUUUCAUGCUCUGAAUGUGGGAAAUGUUUUGCUCACAAAUCAGCUCUCGUCAAGCACCAAACUAUUCACAUAGGAGAGAAACCAUUCUCAUGCACUCAGUGUGACAGACGUUUUACGCGGAAAUCAAACCUUAUUACACAUCAGAGAACACACACAGGAGAUAAACCAUUCCUAUGUUCUGUCUGUGGGAAAUAUUUUGCUCACAAAUCGACUCUUGUCAAGCAUCAGCGAAUUCACACAGGAGAGAAACCAUUUGCCUGUUUUGUUUGUAGGAAACACUUUACUCAAAGAUCAAAUCUCUUAAAACAUCAGAAGACUCAUAAAGGAUGAAUAAAAAUUGUUGGUUUGUUUUUAUUCUCUCUCAGAAUGUGUCAUUUGUGUCCUUUAUACAUAUCUAGAAGGGAUAUUUCUCAGAUUUGAUAUAUGUUGGGCUUGCUCUAUUUAUCCCAUCAUUACAGAAAGAUAGCUAUACUGAACACAUGCCAGGCUGAGAAGGACUGUUUAAAACUGGUUUGUAAUUAUUGUAAAAAAAAAAAAAAAGACAAAUUGUUUUAAUGCUUGAGAAAAUCUAUUGAUAUAUUUUAUAAAGAAGAACAUUGUGAUUAAUCAGUUAAGAACAUGCAUACAGAAAUAAUCACUCCAGUUACUUA